CACGUUUUGGGGAAUUUUAUUUUUAUAUCAAUCAGUAAGACAAUAAAAAAUUCGAUGACGUCCACUGAUGCUAAAAGGAAAGCUGACCAUGCUGUGAAUGUCAUGCUAUCAAUGGAACAGAUGAAAAAUCGAGAAUUUCUAUGUGAUUUCAUAAUAAACGUCGAUAAAUAUUCGUUUAAAACUCACCGCGUUGUACUGGCUGCUUGCUCAAGUUAUUUCAAUGCCAUGUUUUCAAGUAAUAUGAAAGAAGUUCGAGAGGGAUCCGUCACUAUGAUGGACAUUGAAUCGGAUGCAAUGAGGAAAUGUAUUGAGUACAUGUAUGUCGGUGAAGUAGAUAUUUCGAUGGAAGAGGUGGAAGAUGUUUUGCAUGUUUCAAAAUUGAUUCAGUUAGACGGAUUAUCCGAGGAAUGUUUCAAAUAUUUACAAGAACACCUUUCCGCCGAUAACUGUUUGUCGUCAAUGAGUUUAUCUCAAAUGUACGGUAGGGAAGACGUUUCAAUUGUCAUAGAAGAAUAUAUUCGACAAAAUUUAGAAUUCGUUAUUACAACCGAACUCUUCCCAUACAUAAAUACGACUAGUCUGAUGCGUUACGCUGAGACAACUACGAGUGGCUACUGGGUUUCGUGGAACGCUAUCUCUACUUGGUUGCAUCACAACGGAAAUAAAGUCAAAGAAAGAGCGGACAUGGAGAAUGUUAUGAAGUUUAUGAAUCCAGAUGUUUUUCCGUUUGAAUUUCUGCUCAGUACGGUAUUGAAUGAUUUAUUUGUGCAAAAUUGUGAACAUGGUGUGGAGCUGUUACUUCACAACUUAUUUUUUAACACACAAGCUUUGGAAGAAAAUAUUAGCAUUAGCAAUUGUUUUUUACUUCAAAGUCUGAAUUCAUCACCACGACUAAAUUCUUUGACAUCCCUUUUAGCAGAUGAAGUUAUAACUGAUUUCAUGGCUACGAAUAUUCAUGAAAUAUCCAAAAAGCACGACUUCCUUUUAAUGCCCAAAAGGACCGUUCAAAAUAUGUUUAACAAUUUACACAGUAAAAAUGCUCCCCAAGAGGUAAUUUGGGACGCAUUGACAAAGUGGGUCAAAUUCACUGACGAAAGAAAUUCAUAUUUCUCUGAUUUAUUUUGUUCAGUCAAGCUGCUUAAUUUUACAUACAGUUUUCUGAAGCAGACGGCUUUAGCUAAUAACUUUGUACGCCAAUCUCGGGAUUGUCUGCAGCAUAUUUUACGGGCAAUAUGUGAGCGUUCAAUUAGUGGAGAACCCAUGUCCUGUAUCGCCCUCUUGCAACAGGACACCACCGAAAUUAAAACGUUCGAACUGUCGUGCAGAACUUGGGAAACAAUGAACUCACUACCAGAAGGGGAUUUUAAACGGAUAAUUUCCGUAGACAGGAAACUUUUUAUUUUGAAUGACGGACAUUUUUCUUGUUAUAAAAAAGAUCAUUGGAUCCAGAGCACUAGUUUAAAACGAAGACGACCGAGCCCCUGGGCGCAAAUAACUACUUUCAGAAGUUUUAUUUAUGUUGUCGAAGGAAAAUGCAUGUCUUACUACGACACAGUUUUGGACUGCUGGGUGGAAGAUUUACCUGGGUGCUCAAUUGUUAUGGGAUUUUGUGUUUCUGCAAAUCAAAGAUACAUUUAUGCUAUUGGUGGCAAAAGCGCUAAAAGAUAUGAAUCAAAAGAACACAAAUGGAAAUCAAUAGCUCCUUUACAUAUUGAACGAUAUGACGCUUCUGCAGCAGCUCUACAGGAGCGAAUUUAUGUAAUGGGAGGAAAUGUUUUUGGUAAAAUUUUAAACUCCGCUGAAUGUUAUUCUCCUAUAAACGAUACUUGGGAAGUUAUUCGGAAUAUGUUACUGCCGCGUUCUCAUUUUAGCGCAUUUGCAAUAACUGAUAAGUUGUACGCAGUCGGUGGAAAUAGGAACGUGAAUAAUGACGGUGAUCAAUCAGACUCCAUCGAAAUUUUUGAUGCGUCAUCUCAAAAAUGGAAAAUGUUGACUAAAAUCCCAGAAACGGAAAGUCGAGUGCUAGCCUGUCAUUACAGUCCUGAUGAAGCCGAAGUGAUUGAAGAGAUUACAAGAAUAAUAGGUCUCAUAUCUUGAUAUGAAAUCUAUAUUAAAUGCAAAAUUAGGACAAAAUUAACCCAGGCAAAAUAUUUCUAUCUACAAGCUUAGCAGUUUCUGGCGGUAAAUUGGAUAAAAAUAAAUUGUCUGGAAAUAAGAUAUCUAUCAAUGUCCACUACGUGUAUUGCUGGCAUAUAAUUAGUGAUACAAAUAUAUUUCACUGAAAAAAAAGAAAUAGAUUAAAUGUUGAUUAUGAUAUAUUAGUAUGUUUAUCGUAUCCAAAUAAAAAAAAAUAACCGCAUUUUUACCUAAACAAUCCUUUAGGUAAAUAGUGGAAGAAUUGGUUGUAUGACCUUUAUUCCAGAAACUAAUUUUUUUCAAAACAAAAUUGACUUUUUUUGUACUUUAUACAGUUUUCUACAUAUAUAUAACAAAUUCAAAAAAUUUGCAAUUAGCAUAACCAUUUUGAAGAAAUAAAUACUUCUAAAUAUAAAUUUAUUGAGUUUCUCGACUAAUUUACUAUUAAGUCGGGAGACUACCCGACAUUUUUGCCAUGCUAUAGAAGUCUGGAAAAUCUGUGCACUCGGCGUAUAUAUAAUAAAACGCCUAAGUACCGAAAACUUGAUAAAUUA